CUCGACUGGAGACGGACGGGGAAGCUUCGCUUUGUGGAAGAGAGCUUUGUUAACGCAUAGCCCUGUCCUGUGUGAGAGAGGAGUGCGGAUUAUUCUGGACGGGCUACAAUAGCAUCGAAGGAGUCAGGAAUUCUUACAGGAGUCUGGGGAGAAGUUUCCGCACCAUGCAAGUGGACGAAACCGAGACCGCUUUAGCGGUGCCCAUAGGAACCGGAGAGUUCACCAAGCAGCAGAUGGGACUCGCCGACAAGAUCCCGCUCGUGAAGCCCUAUUUCAAAAAGAAACACGCUCAAAGAAAGCUGGACGCCAAAUGUCUGCGCGCAUUACAGGAUCCUAUUUUGAGCACGCUAUUGAGCACGGACGCUCUCGUAUCAGGGGACGGGGUGUUUGUUCCGCGAAACCCUCCUCGACCCCAGCGGAACAUAUGCACUGCCGCCGUGGAGAAGCAGUCGAGGAUUAGUCAGGUGUGCCUGAAGGGGGAGGAGGAGAAUAACGCCGUGUCCGGGCUUAUGGCCGAGGACGCUGAUGUGACCGUGAGCGAGCUCUCAGGGGAACAGAAGGUGACGGAUAUUAAGCGCGUGACUAUAGACGCUAAUGAGCGACGCUUCCAGCCCCAGGAGCGCGAUGUGGCGGCGCCCUCCUCCGACGUUUCGGGCUCGAAGUUAAAUGACAUCUACACCGCUGAGACCUUGCAGGGUGUAAAUUGCCUCGCCAUCAAAGAGGGCUCGCUGAAAGGCGAGAUCUUUCAGGAUAAAAGCGAAGAGGCCUCUUUGGAUCUAGUGUUUGAACUUCUGACCCAGCUCCAGUAUCACACGCAUCAAGGGGACGCUGUAUCGAUCUGUGUGGAUUUCCUCCAGGGCGUCUGCGUCUAUGGCAGUGACUGCACGCAACAUCACACCGUUUUACCUUACCACUGGCAAAUCCGCAGAGCAGACACACAGAUCUGGCAGAGCAUAUCAGAUGAGUCUCAAGAACAACUGGAAAGGCUUUAUUGCAAUCCGGACAACGAACAAGUCAGACUUAAGUUUCUGGGUCGAGUGUUUACAUUGGACUUCAGUGCCAUGCGAGUUUGUGACCUGGAGUUUGACCUCGUCAGACGUCUGUCCACAUCCUCCAGCUCCACAGACACACCCACAAAUACAGACCCCACCCCCAACUGCCUGUCUGUGUGGAAGUACUACUGUAGAGAUAAUUUUGGCUGGAGGGAAUACUCAGAGCCGGUGGUUCGGUUGAUCGAGGAGGCUAGUGGCCGAGGUCUGAAGGAGGUCCGUUUCAUCACACUGCAGAACCAGUAUAUCCUGAACAUUCGUGAGGGCUUUCAGCAAAAUGCUGUUUUCGGUUUCCAACGACAAAUCAAGAAACGACCGCUGUUUAGGUCCUCCAUAAUGCUCACGCCUUACCUCCAGACUCUCGGGGGCCUUUCCUCAGCAUUUCUCUCCUCCUUGGAAAGUUCUGUAAGCCAGCCUCUCUCUCCUACGUCAAGCACUCCCUCCAAAGUGUACCCUGAGACCUGGUUGCCCAUGAACACUAGUCAGGACUUCCUGCAGGUGCCCGUCUCCUGGGACGACCGCAGUUACCGGACCAUCUACAGCCUCUUCCACAAGACUGUUUCUGAGACCAAGUUCCGCAUUCUCAAGAUCCUCCGUGUCCAGAACCCGUUCCUCUGGGAGAAGUACAAAAGAAAGAAGGAGUACAUGUCACGGCGCAUGUCGGAGAUGGACUGCAUGCUGAACGAGCGGCACCUGUUCCACGGCACGUCCCAGGAUGUGGUGGAGGGCAUCUGUAAGCACAACUUCGACCCUCGUGUCUGCGGCAAACAUGCCACCAUGUUCGGCCAGGGCAGCUACUUUGCACGCAAAGCCGUCUACUCCCACAACUUCUCCAAGCGCUCGCCCCGCGGCGUGCACUACAUGUUCCUAGCCAAAGUCUUGACGGGCAAGUUCACAGUGGGCAACCCUUCCAUGCGCCGACCCCCCCCUCUGAAUCCAAGAGACCUCUCAAGUGACCUCUUCGACUCAUGCGUGGACAACUGGAUGGACCCACAGAUUUUUGUUAUCUUUAACGAUGAUCAGAGUUAUCCAUACUUUAUCAUUCAAUAUGAAGAAGUGGGAAAUACUGUAGCUAUUUGAAGAGCACCGUACGUGUGGAUAGCUGUUCACGAGACCUAUGGGCACGAUCGGCCAGUUAGAAAAGGGAGAGGAGUGGUUGUUCGCCUGCACUCCAAAUGGAACUCAUGGACCGUAUGGGAUGUGUCCGGAUAUGGAGAGCAUGGGAGUAACAACCAGUUUCCCGCCCUCAGUCCUGGUAUGUGUGAGGGUUUACAAGUGACCAUUUAGUGCCCGUCUUCACAUGCCCCUGUGAAUACAAAUGGGAAUGUGUGUGUUGAUGUGUGUGCGAAUGUUGUGUCCCUACUCUGUGCUGGACAGUUCAGUAUGUGUAUCAUGUGUGUUGACGAGUCUCUGUUGUGGCUUCCAUAGCUGGUCAUGGAUAGGACUCCGUGUAAUAAAGAAGCCAUUUGAUGGCUUGCCACUCUGACUUGAGGCUGUUGUUGCAGCUUUACAUUCUUUUUGUUUUUUCUAAAAGACCACCGUUUCCCCAUUGCUGCCAUUCGCGUUCUAUUCUUAAUUUGUGCAAAGUUGUAAAUACAUUCUCCUUGUUUAUAUUUGAAGUUUGUGCCUUUUGUUCAUAAAUAAAUAGUUUAUUUAUGUUAGUCAAUGUAUCAAUGAGUAAAUAAAAACAAUUUAAAUAAAA